AUUAAUGUUGUUACUACUGUCGAUUUACGAGAAAGUGAAACUUACUUAUCUGCAACCAUACAGACUCCUGAAACGAUCAAAACAACAGAAUACUGAAUCGUUGAAAGAACCUUUUAGAAACACCUGAUACUUACAGGCUUGAAGAGAUCAAGAGCAAUGGCAGAAUCUUCACCAGCAUCAGCAAAAGCAAGUAAGUCAUGGGGACUACAUUUUGACCAUAAAUCACCAUCAAUGUCAUCCUCCAUUAGUUCACUGACUGAGGAGCUUCAAUGCUCUAUAUGUCUGGAUGUGUUCACUGAUCCAGUCAGCACUCCCUGUGGACACAACUUCUGCAAGACCUGUCUGAAUGAACACUGGGACAACAGCCAGACCUGCAGCUGUCCAAACUGUAAAGAAACAUUCAAGCAAAGACCUGAUCUCAAGAUUAAUACCACACUCCGAGAGAUUGCAGAUCACUAUAAAAAGAAAAGUCCUGAGAAAAUGCCUGAAGUUCUGUGUGACAUCUGUGAGGAAAGAAAGCUGAAAGCGCUGAAGUCAUGUCUGGUGUGUCAGAGCUCUUACUGUGAAAGUCACCUGGAGACUCAUUUGAGAGUGGCAGGUUUGAAGAAACACAAACUGAUGGAUCCUGUGAGUAAUCUGGAGGACUAUAUAUGCCAGAAACAUGAGAAACCUCUGGAUCUGUUCUGUAGAGAUGAUCAGACAUGUGUGUGUUCAAUCUGCACUGUGAAAGACCACGAGAACCACAACACUGUUACUAUAGAAGAGGAGAGUCAAGAGAAGAAGAUUGAGCUGAUGAAGACACAUGAAGACAUGCAGCAGAUGAUCCAGGACAGAAUCAAGAAGAUUCAAGACAUCAAACACUCAGCAGAAGUCAGAAAAAGAAACACAGAGAAGGAUAGAGCAGCUCAUGUCGAGCUCUUCACUGAUCUCAUCCGCUCCAUUGAGAGAUGUCAGACUGAACUGCUGGAGAUGAUGGAGGAGCAGCAGAAAGCAGCAGAGAAACAGGAGGAAGAGCUGAUUAAAGAGCUGGAGCAGGAGAUCACUGAGCUAAAGAUGAGAAACACUGAGCUGGAGCAGCUCUCACACACUGAAGAUCACCUCCACCUCCUACAGAUUCACUCAUCCCUGUGCAGGCCUACAAACACCAGGAACUGGUCUGAGAUCAGUAUGAAGACUCAUGACAGUCUGGAGACUCUGAGGAGAGCUCUGACUCAACUGAAGGACACUAUAGAUGAGAAACUCACACAAAAUGUGGAUGUGACUCUGGAUCCUGAUACAGCUCAUCCUAAACAAACGUCUAGUAUGAGUGGCCCUCAUCGUUCAGGUCAAGGUCAGUGCAUGAAGGAGCCGUGGAAGAUCAAAGCAAGCAUUUCCCUCACUGAAGAUUUUUUAUGUCCCUCGCUGAAUAAAGUGGAGAAUGUCUGGAAACCAUCAGUGAAGCGCAGCAGCCUCAGCGACGAGGACAAGCCCGAGUCCUUGAAGACGCAGGAGCUGUUCAACCGUGUGUGGAGUGUGUUGAAUCAGCUGACGCCGCAGAUGUUCCAACCGCUGAUGAAGCAGAUGAUGAAGCUGACCAUCGACACAGAGGAGCGCCUGAAAGGAGUGGUCCACCUCAUCUAUGAGAAGGCCAUCUCUGAGCCCAACUCCUCUGUAGCCUGCGCCAACAUGUGCCGCUGCCUUAUGGGGCUGAAAGUUCCCACCACAGAGAAACCUGGAGGGAUUGUCAAUUUCAGAAAGCUGCUGCUGAAUCAUUGUCAGAAAGAGUUUGAGAAGGACAAAGAUGAUGAAACGUUUGAGAAGCAGAAGGAGCUGGAUGCUGCUACAGGGGAAGAGGAGAGGCAGGAGGACCUUGAGGAUGCCAAAGAAAAAGUCCACCAACGGUCGCUAGGCAACAUCAAGUUCAUCGGUGAGCUGUUCAAACUGAAGAUGCUGACGGAGCCCAUCAUACACGAUUGCAUCGUCAAACUGCUGAAGAAACGUGAUGAAGAGAGUCUGGAGUGUCUCUGCUGCCUGCUCUCCAACACCUGGAAACAUCUGUACUUCGAGAAGUCCAAGCCCCGAAUGGAUCAAUAUUUAAAUGACAUGAAGAAAAUUAUUAAGGAGCAAAAAACCUCUUCCAGAAUUUGCUUCAUGCUGCAGGAAUUUCUUGAUAUAUACGAUGGUUAAACUGUGGAAAUAAACUCUGAGGUAGGCCUGAAUUUGUAUUGUUCAGCAUGUAAUGACACAUCAGCACCACCAGAGACCACUAGCACCACUAGCAUCUUCACAUCAGCAUCAGCUGCACAGCAAACAGUGAACCAGAGACAAGAGAUGAACAUUACUGAACAUGAGCUCGGACAACCAGCAGCUUUCAGCUUUCUGUGAGAAGAAACCAUCAGAGACACCAAACCGUAGUGUACAUAGAUGGCUGAUGACACGCACUGGCCCACAGUUCCCUCUGUUCUUCUCACACCUGUAGGCUAUAUUGAUCAUUUGGUCACCCUAUAAUGGCUAAAAUAUUAAACCUACAAUUUAAAUAAGGAAAUUACAUUGU